UUUCCCACACAAACUUUGAAAUGGCGACUAAUUAAUAAUAGAAUCGUUGUCCUGCCUCCUUGUGAGACUCCCCUCCACCUUCAAUUUCUGGCUUCCAUUCCCGCGAAACCAUAGGCCCCAUUUUCUCAUCCUCAAACAAACAGAUCUCGCGCAAAAAAAAAAAAAAAAAAAAAACAACAACAACAAAAGAUCUUGGUUGCACAAUUAGCCUAGAACGACAAAAAAAAAACCCCAUAUUGUUAAAAACAAUUGACAGAUAACACAAAGAUAAACAGAAAAUGAAAUUGGAGAAGACACAUAUGAAACCGAGAAGCACCCAUUUAUUUGUUUAAUAGCUUCAUGCUCUUGUUUAAUUACCUUGAUCAAAACAAAUCUUUCGAAUAUAAUUUUUCUCUCUUUCAUUGUCGAUUCUGUGAGCUUUUUUUUGUGUAGUAAAAUCUCUACGAGCUAGGUUGGUUCACUGUGGUGGGAGAAAACAAGAAAACCCAUGAAUGAGUUCAAAUGCCAUGACCAAGAGCCCUACAAGCUCCAAUCAUAGCACCCCUGAUAACUUUGUUAGGGGUGGCGACAGGAAGAAGAAGUCAAUAAUCCCAAAGAUCUUCAGCUCGAAGAAAAUCAGCAGGGCAGGAUCCAGCGACGACAUUAUUGGAUUAGAUGGCGAAGGACCUUCCCCGGAAGAGAACCAAGAUUUGUCCAAGAGAAAAUCGCCGGUGGAUUCGACUGCUUUAACGCACAAAAGCUUCUCAGAAAGAGGGACGAGUCCUGGAAUUGAAGGCCUGAACCUGUCCAACUUCGAGCAGUCCAUAACCUCCACCUCAGAAGUCAAAGAAUUUCGGAUUUAUGUCACAACAUGGAACGUUGGAGGCAGGACACCUGAUGCCAGCCUGAACCUUGAAGAUUUCCUCCAAGUCGAUGAAUCCCCUGACUUAUACGUUUGUGGGUUUCAGGAAAUCGUUCCACUCAGCGCAGGAAACGUGCUGGUGAUUGAAGACAGUGAGCCAGCAGCAAAAUGGCUGACACUCAUAAGCCAAACGAUCAAUAGGACGACGACGAACAACAACGUUGUUCCCCCAGGCUCUCCAGUUGUGGGUCAACUUUCCUCCAAGGCUCAAAACAAGGAAUCGAAGUCCUACAACUUCUUCCAAAAGCCAUCUGUGAAGGUCCUGACCAAAAACCUGAUGGCAGACGCCAACCUACUGAAGAUCUGCAACUGUGCUUCUGAUCUUCCCACAAGAGAGAGGCAGAAGCGUGGGAAAGAGUUCAGUGGGCCGCUGACCAUGACCAACCGCAGCAUGGGGAGUCAGGAUUUCGGAUUGGACGACGAAUGCCCUUCUAAUGAACCUGCAACUGCUCAGGCUUCCAACACCAACAACCAAAUGGUCUAUACCCUAGUAAGUUGCAAGCAGAUGGUCGGGAUUUUCCUGUCGAUUUGGGCUAGGAAGGAGUUGGUGCCACACAUUGGUCAUCUCAGGACGACGUCGUGUGGGACCGGGAUCAUGGGUUGCCUCGGCAACAAGGGAUGCAUUGCUAUAAGCAUGUCGUUGCAUCGGACGAGCUUUUGCUUUGUGUGCAGUCAUUUGGCUUCAGGGGAGAAGGAAGGGGAUGAACUGAAGAGGAAUGCUGAUGUUGCUGAGAUCCUGAGGAGCAUUCAGUUCCCCAAGAUUUGCAAGAACCAAAUCAAUCGAGCCCCGGAAAAAAUUAUUGAGCAUGAUCGAGUGUUUUGGUUCGGAGACCUGAACUACAGGAUAUCGCUGAGCUACGAGGAAACAAAAGUCUUGGUUGAAGAGAAUGAUUGGGACACCCUUCUUGACAAGGACCAACUGAAUAUGGAGAGAGAAGCAGGGAGGGUGUUUGAUGAUUUCUAUGAAGGCAGGAUUAUGUUUGCUCCCACGUACAAAUACGCACAGAACUCAGACUCCUACGCUGGAGAAAUUGUGAAGAACAAGAAGAACCGUAGAACUCCCGCAUGGUGCGAUCGAGUGCUAUGGCGGGGAGAAGGGAUGGAGCAAAUGUCGUACGUAAGAGUGGAGUACAGAUUUUCAGAUCAUAGGCCGGUUUGCACAAUUUUCUCGGUUGAGGUGGAAAUGAGCGCUGUAAGAAGCAGCAACAACAAGUUCAGGAAAGGCUACUCUUGUACAGCUCCAAGGGUUCAAUACGACAAUGACUAACUCCCAAAGACACGGCUUCUAUGGCUACUAGUACUCUUAUCUAACUAACUAAUGACAUCCCAACAAACAGAAGAAAAUGGGGUAAAAAUGGAGGAACGCUUUAGGGAUCAACAUAUAUAGAUUCUCUUCUUGUAUAGUAUUCAACAUAUAUAGACUCUCUUUUCUUGUAUAGUAUAAUUUCACUUAAACUAGGUUUCUCUAUGUAAACCCCACAUUUCUCAUCCUCUCGUGGAGUUGCAAUCAUACCGACACUAAUGCAUUGAAUCGCGUUAGAACCCUCUAGCCGCAUUUCUACAUUUGAUUCAACAACCGACUUCAUUUUCACUAUACAAAUGUGAUCCAUGACACACGGCAGCAGCUAGAUUGGAUUUUAGCUUGAGCUAGUUGGUUCGACAUAUCCCAAAUCCCAGAUUGAAGUUGAAUCUGCGCCAUUAUUGUGACUAUGGGUACAGAUUCAAGUCCAAUUCAUGUUCCGGCCUUACACGCCCUAACCCUGUUGUCUCCGGCUGCAAAGCCAAUUCUUCUAUUCCGCUACCGCUACCGCUGCCACUCCAGUACUCUGAAGCUUCCCCUGUUUCCAACGCAUACAGGUCACCUCCGCCAUAGACAUUAACACUUUCCAGCACCAUAUCAACCCAAUCGGUCACAUUCAGCUCACUACUCACUGGAGCUGUAAUUAGUGGCAGGCUGAACAACGGAUAGUAGUCGUUCCCGUCGCUGUCGCUGGUUUCCAAACUGGUGUGUGUCUCAAAAGGAAGCUUCUCUAGAUAAGCACACUCCAAUUGCUUCGUCCACAAGUCGAAGGAAUCCAAGUUCAAGUUGUAUAAGGAAGGAUUUAGCCGACUUUUAGAGGGAAAAUACUAGAAAAUACCCUCUUGUAACUAAUAUCAAUAGAAGGUUAGGCUAUAACUUUUAUACACACCUUUUACCAGUAUUCUGCCCAGGGGCACGAGUUAGAAAUCCAUAGAGAGACGGCCAAACUCUGAUGGAGCUCGGCGAGGAGUCUUCAACAUCGAUGCAUGUAUCAUUGGUGAUGUUUUCCUAUUCUCCUAUGCAUAGCUAGCUCAAAAUUGUUUAGGGAUAUAACUCAUCGAUGCUUGAGUUAAUUUAUUUUUGUAUCAUCUAUUGCUUGAGAUUUUCGAUGCUAUUGUCAGUGUCUUCUUCAGUUAAUCAAUGCCUAUGAUUAUAUUGUAUGCUACUAUAUGCAUUGUGCUUAGUACUGUCUAGGUUGUCAAGUAAUUACCCUCUAGUGAUACCCAUUGAUGAUAGGAGUUUAUGAGAGGAGUGAUUCACGAAUAAUCCACAUACCAAGGCAUCCAACAUUGGAAACAUCCGGGAGGAAGAGUUCGAGUAUGAUGACCCCCCUACACCUCUUAUUUGAAGUUCAACAAAAUACUUGGAACCAAGCAUUGGACAAAAUAUCGUGGAGGAGAACUCAAACAAGGAUGAUCAACCUCAAAUGAAGCACGAAUGAGAGUAGCCACUAGAGGAGCACUCAUCUCACAUAUCUAACUAAAGGAGCCUCAAGUGGAGCCACCUAUCAUAGAUGUUGAUGAUGAGACCAAAAUGGAAUCCAACCUAGGAGAGGAGCAAUAUACCAGCACCAUUCAAGAGAUCGUGAAGGAGUUCAUCGAAUAAGAAAUAUCCUCCAGCUCAAUGGACUAUACUUCAAGCCACACCCAUCAUGAGUUCAAGUCGAGUUGGAAGGAAGUAAUUGACGAAGACUACAUGAUCUUGGAGCAGAAGGAACUUCUACAUCAUCUUCUACAACAAUGUAAGAAAAACAAGGAGUACUAAUUCCACCUACUAUAAGUAAUAAAGUUCUAUGCAUAGAAGAACCAAACUCUGAAGUGGAUGGACCCCUUCAAAAUUCUCUUACAUCAUCUUCUCAAGGAUCUAUACAAACCUUGGAGAAUAAGAGCUUUGAGAAAGU